AUGGCAGACAUUUCCGUUCAUGUGACCUCGUACAAUGCGUCUUCGGAGCGCAAGAUCUCCCUCUCGUGGACUAUCACACAGUUGAGAGCACGUCUCGAGCCUGUUUGUGGAAUCCCCGCCGGAUACCAGAACAUCACGUUUAGGGCUACCGAGUCAGCCCCGCCUAUUGCGGUAUCUGCCAAUAACGAGGAUGCGGUGACUUUGGAUGAACUCCAAUUCGCGCCUUAUGGUAUUCUGAACGUUGACGAUACUCGGCCGGCGGGUGCACGAGCAAACUACACCGAUGUUUCUGCAGUAGAGAAAUUCGAGAUGGACUACGAAGACUAUGAAUCACGCACGGAUUCUGUCCUAGCAUGGAAGAAGAGGAACCAAUUGGGUCGGUUCGACCCAGCACGUGAACAGGAGAUUGCAUCCAAGCAAGAACAAUAUGCAGCGGAAAUUCAAGAAAGAGAAAUCGCCAUUGGCAAAAGGUGCCAGGUCAACGGUGACCGUCGGGGCGUCGUGCAAUUCAUUGGUGAGGUCAUCGAGAUCCCACAAGGCGGACUUUGGGUAGGCGUGCGGUAUGAUGAACCUGUUGGAAAGAAUGACGGCUCGAUCGCCGGCGUCAGAUACUUCGAAGCACCAAGAGGUUAUGGGGCAUUUGUCAGACCAACCAAUCUCGAGGUGGGUGACUUUCCAGAGGAAGAAAUUUCUCUGAGUGACAGUGAUGAGGAGAUGUAA